AAAUGUCUAAUAUAGCUAUUAUUAUAAAAUUCGUGUAACGUAAUUAAUGGAUGACCCCUUUAGACACACGUUCCAUAUGUAUAACUAAAAAUUAAUACCUAUUUUAUAAUUUAUUUAAAGUGACAUCACGAAGUAUGUGAUUUUUUCUCCCCUUGUCGCAAAAUGUCACAUUUUUUACACCCUAAACGUAUGACGUAAUUAAUGUAUGAUCACUAUGAUCCCACUGCUGCUAUCCCAUGGUUACUAACUUACUACUUAUAGUAAGUAUUAAUUAAGUUCGGUUAAAUUUAAAUCAUUUUCAAUAGGAAUCUAGUUGCGUUUUGCCUUGUUUAUAAAUUAUAAGAAUUUAAACAUAGAAAAAGCGUAAGUUGAAAAUAGCUGGAAAAUUUUGGAUUCGCUCUUAAAGGUAUGUCUGCUCUUUAGCGAUAAGACCGCCUGUUGUCUGCCUCUAUCACAAAUCAAUUGUUUUUCUUUAAGCUAUAUCUUUUACUGAGGUGUGCCAAUAAAGAGUAUUCUAUCUAUCUAUAUAUGUCUGGGCAUAUGCAAUAGGCAGAUUUUAGACACAUGUAUCCUACCUAACUUUAAUGGCGUCAUGUUUGAAUUUUAUUAGACUGCGCAAUUGUUACUACCGGCAACUUGCGUAGUUAUACUCGUUAUAUAAUCACACACGACAUAAAUACUACAAUCGGAAGUUAUUGCCAUGCGUAGGAUGAAACUAAUCAAAAAAGCUAUAAAGUUACGAUUUUAAGUAUCCACAUGUACACAUCUACUUAAUUAUUUUACUACUCAUCGUAUAUACUGAGUUACUGAUUCCCGAAACCUAGUAAUUGUUUAAACAUUGGCACCAUUUUGACAUAUUAAUAAAUCUAGUUCACGAUUUCUCUUUGUAACUUAAGAAAAGUACAUUUAAGUUACGUUAUAAUUUGUAUAAGUUUUUUUAUUAAUAAUUGAAUUAUGUGGAGGAGAAUGUGUUACAUCGCACUGGUUUUAAGUUUAUACGUAUAUAAAGUGAGUAUUUUAAUGAUAAAUACCUAUAUUUUCAUCAUGUUCCGGGAAGAUUUUUUUUAUUACUAAUAAUCCUUCGCCUGGGGGCCGUUCAUUUAUUACGUCGCACAUUUAUCGGAAAAACGGACCCCCCGUAAAGUCUAAAGUCAAAUAAAUUGCGAUAUAUGAUAUCAAGCGAUUUUGGAUGGUUUUAUUUUUAAUAUCUUUGACUUUUGCUGCCGCAUGUAUGCAUACAUAGACACAGCGUCAAACAGAAACCAAGACUUUAAUACAAUGUUUCAGAGUUCUCAACUAUCGUACAGCGAAAUCGAUAAAAAAUAUUAUCUCGUAUCAGAAGCCCACAACUUGUCCAAAAUGAUAUUCAACCGAGGCAGAAAUAGUUAUAACGAACUCAAACAAAAAUCCUUAGAGACGAUUGACACAUUUCUAGAUUUGGUGAAGAUUAUGAACGACAUUAUGGGACGAGAGCUGCGGGGCGCUAUUGUAAAGUUUUAUAAAAUAAAAUAUUUUCAUGAUUUUACGAAUUAUAUGAUAUCAAUGGAGGAGAUAGUAAACAUUACAGAACACUGUCUAAUAGAGCCGCUGGAAAAGCUGACAGACCUAAGAGACCAGUUUCACGAUGUCAUCAAAAACUUUGAGGAUGUCAGGAAUUUUGACUCUGUAAAUAAAUGCAAUGAUCAGUUGCCUGAUGAGGUCGCUACGGCACAUUGUAUUCUUCACCAAGCUGUGUUAUUCAACGAAGUAAUGCAACAGAGCCUGGGCACCAUAGUGACCGUGAAGACCAGACAACACGCUCAAGACAUGAACGAGUCGAUUUACAAUGUACAAACAUGCCUAAACAACUUCGUACCGAAGUUUUUUGAGCAACUACUAGUCGACGUUUAUACGGACGAAUGCGAGUAUUUAAAGGUGGUGAACGCAUCAAUCACAGACUUGAUGAAGGACAAGGCCAACGUGACUCACUUCCCGAGCAAGUGGAAACCGUUAACGGAUCUGCUUAAAACAAAACUAAAAUCACCGAGCCAUGUGUUAAACCAGCCAAUUUUCGCAACGAUAUUCGCCAUCGUCAAUAAUACUAGUUACGAUGCAACGAGAAGACUUUUACACUAGAGGGCGCCUGUAGUUUCUUAGGGAAAUACUUAUUGUGUAAAGAGCAAAGUUGGUUUUUGCAGCGUGUGUUAAUAUUUGAGUCCCGAGCAAGCGAAUGAUUCUAUAAUAGAAUCGCGACCGUAGCGAUAAAAGUGUAUGAUUUCAGAUUUAAUUAAGUUUAUUAACUAUUUAUUUUUAUAUGUAAAUUGUAGGUGUAAUAACUUAAUUUAAAACAGAAUAAAUCUUUUGUAUACAU